CCAACAAGGGCCCGGCCCAUUCUCCAUGUCAACGUGUCGAAGCCUCCAAGGCUGGGCGGAGCAAACUCGACGGCAAGUGCCGCCGCCGCCGCCGACGACCAUCGCUUCCGGGAUGGGAGUGCAGGCGGCGGCGGCGGUGGUGACGAUUGCCGAAGUGCCCUCCUUCUUGGCGCGGGUCGCACACCACCACGAGCCCCGCCGACCGAGGCCGCCAUGGUCGGUCGCCGGCGCUGGGGCAGAGGGUCUCUUAUCGGGAUGAGGUCACAUCACGUCGCUGAAUCCCCACGGCGACUCGGGAUGUCGGUUCCGCACUCAACGGGGAGGAUCUCCCUUGGGAUUCAUUGGUACAGCCAUUUGAAGAAAUUUCGUAUUGUACUUGAAGUGUACAAGUAUUUAUUUGGUGCAUCCUCCAUUGGACAAUGCUUCUCCUUGCCGCUCAGCUACCCGGUUUCGCUCAAUUGCUGGGUGCUGCCACUAGAUUUUUUUUGAAACCAGUAUCAGCACACCGGAUUUGGAAGUUGGAACGAACCACUCAAUCAGUACUCAACUUCUCAUGCCAUCAUAUUUGUCUAGUUAAACCUGUGACAAAACAAAUCACUGAAACACAGAUGGGUCACAAGCUGGCAGACACAGGGCAAGGGAGAGUUGACUGAGUUGUGAAGUUGCAGACUUGCAGUACAAUGGCAGAAGUGGUGGUGUUGGCGGGCUCAGGGUGGGUCGUGUCGCCAAUCAUGCGGAAGAUCAUCAACGAUGCUAAAACAUACCUUGGCAAGGACAUGGCACAGGAGCUGGACGAUCUUGAGACCACCGUCAUACCACAGUUCAGGUUCGUGAUCAAAGCGGCAGAGAGGAGCCCCCGCCGGAUGGAGUUAGAGCGCUGGCUUUGGAAGCUCAAAGCAGCCUUCUAUGAUGCCGAGGACCUGCUCGACAUGCAUGAGUACAAACUCCUCCAGCGCAAAGCAACUGGAAACAUUUCUAUGCCCUCAACCUCCAACUCUCGCCUUGCUUUGGUGUCUACCGCGUCCAAUUUGCUCCCUGCCAACAGAAGACUACUCCGUAAGUUGACAGAACUGAAGAACAUCCUGGUGGAAGCCAAGAACUUCCAUCGGGAGUUCCUUUCAGCAGGGACUACUGCAGCAGCCAUCACAGGGCCUCAUGUCAACAGCAGCAGCAGUACCAUCACCACAUCGCUUCCCACUUCAAAAGUAUUUGGUCGUGACGCAGAUCGUGACCAUAUUAUAAGUUUUCUCUGCAACCCAGAUGACACUAACACUAGUGGUGAGAGAAACUACUGUACUUCGGCCAUCGUUGGACAUGGAGGUGCAGGGAAAACCACGCUGGCACAGUAUAUCUACAAUGAUGAGCGUGUGGUGAAUCAUUUUGAUGUAAGGAUGUGGAUCUGUAUUUCUCGUAAACUCGACGUGCAUCGCCAUACAGCCGAGAUCAUGGAGUCUGCCACAAACAAUAAUCGAGUUGUGCAUUUUACUAACCUUAACAAUCUCCAGUGCGCGCUGAGAGGCGUCUUACAAGAGUCACAGAGGUUCCUACUUGUGUUGGAUGAUGUUUGGUUUUAUGGUUUCCAGGACGAGGAGGAAUGGGCAAAACUGCUAGCUCCUCUAGUUUCUCAGCAACGGGGAAGCCAAGUUUUGGUUACUUCUAGAUCAGGGAGACUCCCAGCUCCCCUUUGUUGUAAACAAGUUUUUCCUUUGCAGAACAUGAAGGACACUGAGUUCCUGGCACUCUUCAAAUACCAUGCAUUUUCUGGAGCAGGAAUGAGAGAGCAGCACAGAAGCGAGGAGCUAUUAGAUAUUGCAGGGAGAAUAGCUCAAAAGCUUGGACAAUCUCCUCUGGCAGCAAAAGUUGUUGGUUCUCAGUUGAGCAGGAACAUGACUAUCACUGCAUGGAAAGAUGCUCUGAAGAGUGAUAACUUAGGUGAGACCAGGGGAUCUCUACUGUGGAGUUAUCAGAAUCUAGAUCCUAACAUACAGAGGUGCUUUAUGUAUUGCAGCUUAUUUCCAAAAGGUCAUGUGUUUGUAAUUAAUGAGUUGGUUCACCUCUGGGUAGCAGAGGGGUUUGUUGUUGAUUCAUCUGAUGUCAAUUCAUCCGAUCAGAGUAGGACAGUAGAAGAUAUUGCCAGGGCGUACUUCCGUGAGAUGGUAUCUGCAUGUUUCUUUCAGCCAGUUCCUAAAAGCUUUGAUACAUCAUAUAGUAUGCAUGAUAUUAUUCAUGACUUUGCGGAAACACUUUCCAGAGGAGACUGUUUCAGAUUAGAAGACUGUAUGGUGACAGAAAUUCCGCACACUGUUCAACAUUUGUCUGUUUACGUUGAUAGAAUGGGACAGCAUAAACAAAGCAUCUGCAAGUUGAUUCAUUUGCGUACUGUUAUCUUCAUGGAACCAGUAAUGGAUGAUGCAAAUAAACUAUUUCAUGAGGUAUUCUGUAACAUGAAGAAAUUGCGAGUAUUGCUUUUGUGCUUUUACAAUAGCAGGAAGUUGCCUCAGUCUAUUGAUGAGUUCAAGCACCUGAGGUAUUUGAACAUCCUCAAAACUUCAAUUUCUGAAUUACCUGGAUCAUUGUGUACUCUUUACCAUUUACAGUUCCUUCGGGUACAUCGUGAUGUUAACAAUCUGCCUGCGAAGAUCUGCAACUUAAGUAAAUUGCGGCAUCUUGAAAGAUGCUCUCCUAGUCUUUCAUUUGGACCAAUUGCACAACUACCUGUGCCUCAAAUUCCUUAUAUAGGUAAGUUGACGAAACUCCAACAUGUUUUGGAAUUCUCUGUGGCAAAACAGAUAGGUUAUGAACUACAGCAGUUAAGGGACAUGAGAGAGCUUAGAAACAUUUUACAAAUUAACUAUCUCGAAAAUGUCAGAACGAAGGAUGAGGCUUUGGAGGCGAUGCUGCAUAAUAAAAGUCGGCUUGAUCGUUUGGAACUUUCCUGGAGUUACAUAGAUGACUUGCAUAUAAAUGACAAUUUGCAUUUGGAGGUUCUAGAGGGUCUCAAGCCACCUCGUGAACUUAAUGACCUUAUAGUUACAGGCUACAGAUCUCCAGUAUAUCCAAGCUGGUUGCUCGAAGAUUCUUAUUUUGUUAAUUUAAAGACCCUUGUGCUUAGUAAUUGCACUUCCCUGGAAUGUUUACCAUCCAGUGUACAGCUCAUCAAGCAUUUCCGUCAUAUAGCCCUCCGCAACAUCCUGAAUCUGAAGACAUUACCAUGCUUUCCAGGAGGCCUUGUAUCCUUAAAUAUGAUGGGUUGCCCGUUGCUUAGAUUUAUUUCUAGGGAAGAACUUGGACAGGAUGUACAACAUACAGAUUUGAUGAAAGUGGGCAAUUUGUCAUCCACCCUUGCAAGGAUCCUGGAGGCAAAGAGAGGAUCAAAGAUUAGUAAAAAGGUCAGGGACACGUUGGUGUUCGAACAUUCAUCUCUGAAGCAGUUGAUGGCAUUGAUGGAUGAUGAUAUAUCCGCACAACUCCAAACCAUAAAAAGUGCUAUAGAAAGUGAAAGAGAGGAAGUAUUGUUGGAAGAAAAUAUCAUAAAAGCAUGGUUGUACUGCCAAGAGAAGAGGACGAAACUUAUCUAUUCAAGACCCACUGAGAAUCUGUUGCUUCUCCCAUCAUCGAUUGAGAAUCUCUCUCUUUCUUCAUGCAACCUCACAGAUGGAGCUUUAGCUGUUUGCCUUCAAGGACUCACCUCGCUGAAAUGGUUGUCUAUAGAGCGAAUUAUGAACUUAACUUCGUUCCCAUCACCGCAGGUGCUGCAGCGCUUGACGAUGCUUAAAAGAUUAUAUAUCCGUUCUUGCUGGUGCCUCAGAUCAUUGGGUGGCUUACGAGAGGCAACCUCCCUUUCAGAAGUUAAGAUAGAUUCAUGCAUCUCAUUAGAGUUGGUGGAUGAAAAUGGAAUAGCUGUUAUGCCAUCCUCUAUUGGAAAGCUCUCUCUAUUUGGCUGCAUACUAGGGGCCAAUUUCCUCAGUACUGACUUCCCACGUCUGCGUAGCAUUUCCAUCACAUGCUGCCGAAGCUCUUCAUCAUUUGCUAUUGGUCAUCUGCGUUCCCUGGAAUCACUCUCACUGAAUAACAUGCCAGACUUGUGCUUUCUUGAAGGCUUAUCAUGUCCACAUCUCCAGGACAUACAUCUGAUAAAUGUUCCAAAUCUUACCGCAGAGUCUUUUUCCCGGCAUCAUGCAUGGAAAUCACUCGCUAUUAGUAGCUCUGCUAUGCUCAGUCUCAUGCUCUCUAUAAAGGAUUUCAUGCUCCCAGAGAAACUCUGUUUUGAACAAUACGACGAGCCAUCCAUUACAUUUCAAAGCUCUGCAAAUUUCACAUCUAUCAAGUUUCUAGAGUUCAGGGAUUCUAAAGUCAUGUACCUGCCAAGCAGUUUGAAGAACCUGUCCAGUCUGGAGAGGAUCAAAUUUGUCAGGAUCCCCAACUUAUCAUCUCUACCAGAUUUCCCUAAUUCUAUCCAGCAAAUUGAAAUACAAGACUGCGAGUGCUUGAAAAGAAGCUGCCAGGCACCUAAUGGAGAAAACUGGCAAAAGAUUGAGUGCAUCCGUUGGAAGCUUAUCGAAGUUUCCAAACCUGAUGAAAGUAUAGCGUGGUUCAUACACAGGUAUGAUAAAGUUGGAAUAGCUGCCUACCCUAAGAAGCUACAGCCUGGACAACCUGUGGUCUGGCACGACAAGAAUCACUGAGUAAUUAACAACUCAUCACAACUGAACUGCCGCUGACCCGCUGUUUAAAACCCGUAAACAGAAUCACAUCUCUUGUUCGUCCAUGUCUCCAGGACGGCAGACUGCUGCUACCGUUGCAGUUGGCAGCAUAUGAAUCAUCUUUUUCCUCUGGAUGAAAUUUCAUUGGGGAACAAAAUCAUUUUUUUCCCCAGGGGAUGCAAAGCUCAUAUUCUCAUAAAUGGUUCAGUCAAAUAAUUAAAUAGAGUUUUAAGUUCUCUAAUCCUAUGAAUGUUUGUGAAUGUCAGGGCACCAGUGCGCCAUCGCCCACUCACCGAGGGCUCGCCACACCCUCUCUCCUCUGCCAGGUGAGGGAUGGUGUCGUGGCAGCAACAACGUCUUCAGGAGAAGAUGAAGCGGCGAUGUUGGAGAACUGGGUCGCGGGGAACGGAGAACUCCUGGCAGGGUGCAUGAGUUCGAAUUCAAAUCUGCAUUCUCUCCACAACAAUAAAUGAAGAGUGAAGCCAUGACGUACGAUCCAAAUUCCCAUGUGUUAUCCUUGCCAGUACUAAUUGGAAUUUGGCAAAUUCCCAUGGGUUCCGGUACUGUGCAUAUCUCUGUCCAGGCAUCUAUCAUCAUGGGGCUGCAGGGUGCUGUUUCACAAACUGCACUACAGCCCGGACAACCAUCGCGUGAUGUCCGUCCAACAGUAGAGAGCUGGUAUUUCGCAAACAACAAACUGCAUUAGAAAUGUGAAGUUGUGUGAUUUAAAUCCUUAGCAAAGGUCUUACAUCUUCUUACUACACAUUUUUUUAAUGUCCCGGGCUUAUAUUUGGUUGAACUGUUGAAGGUGCAUGCAUUACUCCACUUGGCUUCAGAAAAGUGAACACAUACAGUUAUCACAUUGACGUUGCCAACAUAUAUCUGAUGAUAAUUAAACAAUUAUCAAUUAUCAAUUUAUCAUGUGUGUUGUGUAACGCAUUUUGUACAACAAUCCAGCUUAUCAUUAGAGUUCAAUAGUACGUCUGCAUAUCAUUUUCGAUGAUCAAAUUUGUUUUAAAGAAAUUUUUACCGUAAGAAAAUAGGAAUAUGGAUCUUGUUCAAGGAUAAACUCGUAGUUAUAAGUCCAAUUAACUCAAAAGAAAAGAAGAAAGCGAGGAAGCAAUAUUUCUUGAUAAGAACAGUACAACAACAGCUAGAAACACAUACUGCAACAACCAAAUCAGUCUGGAACAUUUAUUAUAUUAUUAUAAGGUGCUGCAACAUUAAUCCAAAACAAAAAAUAAAGGAAAUAAUUUAAACAUUGACAAAAGUUGAUCUGACGUCCGUAAAAACAUAAUACAACAAGCGUCAUAUUUAAGUGGGGAUCAGGAUACUCUAGGUUUGAAGUUAGGUGACUUCGAAAAUAGACGAUCUUAGUUCAAUAAGGAGAGAAGAGGCAUGGUAGUCCUUUACUAUCGCCAUUAUUCUCGUCAUCAUAGCAGAGUGUUAUACAGAGAGUGUUGUGGUAGUAUUGAGCGAUUAGGAUAAGAUUCGUAGUCGUUAUAUCGUUAUAUUUUAUAACAUAGGUAAUAAUAAGUUGUAUCUACUGUUGCUGUUCGCCGUAGCACUCUUCUCCGUCUAGCGGCGAAGACUACUCCUUAUCUUCAGACUAGCGGCGAACAGAGGUCUUACUCGUAACACUAUGGUACUGCCACCGACGGUGUAGCGGACUCGUGGCCACCUUGCAGCAUCUCUCCACGCUCCCACCGUCACUGCACAGGCAAGCAGGGGCGGGUUGACUCACUCCUCUUCCGUUGAUUCUGAUUUAAGAUCUCGUGGUACAUUACUCCAUUACUUCUUUAGUUAGCAGAUUAGGAUUCUUUUAGUUUUGUUUGUAUAUUCCUUAUCUUUCAUAGCUUCAAAUGUUAGAUUUUAGAAUUAAUGUUGCAUACUAUAAGAAGCAUUUGUUAGGUGCUAAGAAAAAAAAAGGAAAACAAUAACGAGAAGUUCAAUUUAUUGAAUCGUAAAAGGGUGCUAUUCACAAGUUCUUUUCGGCUCCAAGUAAUGUUGUUAGUGGCCGACCGGGGUUGAACCCUAGCCCCCGGCCGCAGCCACCCUCCCUUCCUCUCCCCCGCCUCGCCGCCGCUAGAGCGUGUCGCCGGAAACCGUGCGACCUGCCGGGAUGGCAGCAGCGAGGCUACAAACCCCGGUGCGCGUGGCCGUCCCGGCGUGAAGGGGUGGCGCGGAGAGCCGGGAAGGCCACGCGACGCCGGCGCAUGGCGGCUGAUCCGGCGCCGCCAUCGCCAGAUCUGGCACCCCCGUAGCUGGAUCCGAUGUCCCCGCCGCUGGAUCUGGGCUGUGGCGGUGCGGGCGCGGCGUCGGCGGUUGCGGCAGGCAUGGAGGCGCGGCUGCUAUGGUCGACAGCGGGCUGUGGCAGGGCGGUGGGAAGAUGGCAUCGAGGUGGGUCGCCCGUGCGAGCGAGCUGGCGCGUGGAUGUAGGCGGCGGGCGGCGGUGGCUGCCAGAUCCAGAGGAAGCUACGAAGGUGGAGGACGCUAUGCUCGCUAUGGCCUUCUUCAUGGCGGCGGGGUGGCAAUGGUGGCAAUGUCGGCAGGGUUGGUGGUGGCGAUGACCACGGAUCUGAUGGCGGGGCUCCCGGAUCUGCCCCCCUCCCCUCCCCCCCCCCCCCCCCCCCCCAGCGCCAGAUCCGGCCGUGGCGCUGUUGGUGGUGGGCUAGUGGCGCUGGGGGUGGAGGACUGGGGCGGUGACGGCUGUGGCUAUGGUUGCUGUGGCGACCGUGGCCGUGGUUGCGCUGGGAGGAAGCACGAUGGUCUCGGACGGCUAGCCGGGGGCAUGGUAGACGGUCGCAUCUGGCUGGCACGGCAGUGGUUGGAGGAGGGGGCGGAGGCCAGCUCGGCGCAGAGAGGCGUAGCUGAUGGCAGCGGAGGCCAGCACGGCGCGAGGAAGCGCGGCCAGCAGCGGUGAAGGCUGGCUUGGCGCGAGAGGCACGGUCGGCGGUGGAGGAGGCGACCAUGGUGCGAGGAGGAGCUGUCGGUGGGUGUGGCACGGUCUACGGCGCAUGAAGGCUGACUGACGGGGGGUGCCGGUGCAGUGGUCCCACAUGUCAGCAGAGGUUAGAUGGUGGUGGAGCAUCGGUGCGUUAGUCGUGGACUCGCAGGUGGUGAGUGGCAGGUGAAAACCUAGCCCGGCCUUGGCCGGACCGACAACGAUGGCACCCGAGUGUCAUUCCCCCUCCUGAGGGCUUUGUCAUGCCGUCUCACCCCUCAAGGGUGGUUGCCGGGCGAAAGCCCAGUCUGGGCUCUUUUGAGACCUUGACGGACAGCGGUGGCGGUUUUCCGUCGCUUCUCUUCUUGGAGACGUCGUUUAGGCAUCCCCUUGCCGAAACCACUCGAGCAAUUGGUGCAAUCACGCUCUAGAUUCUCAUCCUCUUGUGGCGGCGUCGUAGUUUCUACAAGUUGGCCACCUCGGAGGACCUAGGGGGCAGAGGUGUUCCAUCUUCUCUCUCACCCUCUCCCUAAAUCCGAAAGACGUGGAUAGAGUUGGGCUUUGUAUUGGUUGUAAGAGCGUUUUUUGGGCGAUCUUGUAUGUGUUCCGUUGUUGGCCUAGCGGCGAUCGGUCAUGCUUAGCGGCGGCUGGUCUGGUGCUAGCCUUCUCCCCAACCUGUGUGUUGACACUGUCGGUGUGUGGGUGUGGUGGUAUAUUUUUUCCUUUUUCCUGGUUACGACCUUCCUAGGUUGUAAUCUUGUAAUUUUUUUCCAGCCAUAUCAAUAGAACUUCGCACCGUCUCGUGCGAGUUGUUAAAAAAAAGCUAUGUUGUUAUCAGGAAUAAUCCUGAGGAGAUAGUGUCUCUAUGUCUUUAAUAAUUUUCCAUUAGAAAAUGGAUUAAUUGGAUCAUGCCAUUAUGAAUUUA